CGAAAACCACCAAAAACCUCUUUAUUACCACCAACAAACAAAGUCUCUUCUUCUUCUUCAAUCACUGAAACACAACACCAAAAAAGAAAAGAAUAAAGUAUGUCUCUUCUUCCCCAUCUCAUCCUCUACCUAACACUCUUCACGGUGGCUGUUACCGGAGAAACUCUCCGACCAAGAUUCUACAGAGAAACAUGCCCUGAAGCUGAAUCCAUAGUAAGAAGAGAAAUGAAGAAAGCUAUGAUCAAAGAAGCAAGAAGCGUCGCUUCCGUCAUGCGUUUCCAAUUUCACGACUGUUUCGUCAAUGGAUGUGACGCAUCUCUGUUACUUGACGACACACCAAACAUGCUUGGUGAAAAACUAUCACUUUCCAACAUCGAUUCUUUAAGAUCUUUCGAAGUCGUUGACGACAUUAAAGAAGCUUUAGAGAAAGCUUGUCCUGCUACUGUUUCUUGUGCCGAUAUCGUUAUCAUGGCCGCUCGUGACGCCGUUGCUCUUACAGGAGGACCAGAUUGGGAAGUGAAGCUAGGAAGGAGAGAUAGUUUAACAGCGAGUCAAAAAGAUUCCGAUGAUAUAAUGCCAAGUCCAAGAGCCAACGCAACUUUCUUGAUUGAUCUCUUCGAAAGAUUCAAUCUUUCUGUGAAAGACAUGGUUGCUUUAUCAGGGUCACACUCAAUUGGUCAAGGUCGGUGUUUUUCAAUCAUGUUCAGGCUUUAUAACCAAUCCGGUUCUGGUAAACCGGAUCCAGCUCUUGAACCGAGUUACCGUAAGAAGCUUGACAAGCUUUGUCCUUUGGGUGGAGAUGAGAAUGUGACUGGAGAUCUAGAUGCAACACCUCAGGUUUUUGAUAAUCAGUAUUUUAAAGACUUGGUUUCAGGGAGAGGGUUUCUUAACUCUGAUCAGACUUUGUACACGAAUCGGGUGACGAGAGAGUAUGUGAAGAUGUUUAGUGAGGAUCAAGGAGAGUUCUUUAGGGCAUUUGAAGAAGGGAUGGUGAAGUUGGGUGAUUUGCAAUCUGGGAGGCCUGAAAUGGAUUGGCAAGGACAGAAACUCGUGGAGCAUCUGAUGCAGAUCUUACUUGUAAUCUCCGGCGUCGUCGCGGUGGUUGUUGGCUACGCAACGGAAUCAUUCAGGACAAUGAUGCUGAUCUACGCCGGUGGUGUUGUUCUCACGACUUUGGUUACUGUACCUAAUUGGCCUUUCUACAAUCUUCAUCCUCUCAAAUGGUUAGAUCCGAGUGAGGCCGAGAAGUAUCCUAAACCAGAAGUUGUUGUUGUUGCUUCGAAGAAGAAAGUCUCUAAGAAAUAGGUCUGAAUCUCUAUCUCUAUCCUAUAUAUCGGAAUUGUUUCUGUGAGAGAUUUUAUGGAUCGGAAUCUUUAAUUAUGAAUUGAAUUUUCUGUUUUGAUUCUUAUUAUCUCUGUUCUUUGCCAAAGGAAUUUGCUUCUGAGUUUAGAUUAGAGUCUUUUGAAUCACCAAAGUCUCGAUUUUUAUGAAGAUGGUACAUAAAUAUGACACACCUUC